AUGCGUAAACUGGAUUCCAGCACGGACUCCGGGGCCUACAGCUACACCUACACAUACACCUACAGCUACAUCUACAGCUACACCUGCAGCUCUUCACAAUGCAGAUACACAUACAGCUACACCUACAGCUACACAUACAGCUACACCUACACAUACAGCUACAGCUACAUCUACACCUGCAGCUCUUCACAAUGCAGAUACACAUACAGCUACACCUACAGCUACACAUACAGCUACACCUACAGCUACACAUACAGCUACACAUACAGCUACAGCUACACCUACAGUUUUUCACAAUGCAGAUACACAUACACCUACAGCUACACCUGCAGCUCUUCACAAUGCAGAUACACAUACGGCUACAGCUACACCUACACCUACAGCUACAUCUACACCUGCAGCUCUUCACAAUGCAGAUACACCUACACAUACAUCUACAGCUACACCUACACAUACACCUACACCUACAGCUACAUCUACAGCUACACCUGCAGCUCUUCACAAUGCAGAUACACAUACAGCUACACCUACAGCUACACAUACAGCUACAGCUACACCUACAGUUUUUCACAAUGCAUAUACACCUACACCUACAGCUACAUCUACAGCUACAUCUGCAGCUCUUCACAAUGCAGAUACACAUACACCUACAGCUACACCUACAGCUACACCUGCAGCUCUUCACAAUGCAGAUACACAUACAGCUACACCUACAGCUACACAUACAGCUACAGCUACACCUACAGUUUUUCACAAUGCAUAUACACCUACACCUACAGCUACAUCUACAGCUACAUCUGCAGCUCUUCACAAUGCAGAUACACAUACACCUACAGCUACACCUACAGUUUUUCACAAUGCAUAUACACCUACACCUACACCUACAGCUACACCUGCAGCUCUUCACAAUGCAGAUACACAUACAGCUACAGCUACACCUGCAGCUCUUCACAAUGCAGAUACACAUACAUCUACAGCUACACCUACAGUUUUUCCCAAUGCAUAUACACCUACAGCUACACCUACAGUUUUUCCCAAUGCAUAUACACCUACAGCUACAGCUAA